AUGUCCGAGACACGGCUGCGCCAUACCUUGACUUCGCCGUUGAGCCACCCGUCUUCGCGCGGCGCAGUGCCUCAGGAGUACUUGAGACGGUCUGUGGAUGGAAUGAUCAUUGAGACACAUGUGGCCGUGCCUCUCCGAACAGGUUAUCACGCAUUUGCUGACGUCUAUCGACCGGAGAACGAGUCUGAGGCAGUGCCAGUGAUUAUUUCAUGGACGCCAUACGGAAAGCACAACCCAGCACCGUUAUGGAAGAUAUACCCACAGUCAGGGGCAAACCGCGAGUGGUACUCGGACUACACAUGCUUCGAGGCGCCGGACCCCAUCUACUGGACUCAAAGGGGCUAUGCUGUGGUCAUCGCCGACGUAGCCGGGACUUGGCACGGGGAAGGUGUAGCCACAUUCUCCUCGGGUCUAGAGGAAGCCGAAAGCUUCUAUGACACCAUCGAGUGGAUCGCUGCGAGACCCUGGAGCAAUGGAAACGUCGGGCUGAGCGGCGUGUCGUACCUCGCGGUCAGCCAGUGGCACGUAGCAGCUCUGAACCCGCCGAGCCUGAAGUGCAUCGUGCCCGUCGAAGGCUGGUCCGACUUUUACCGAGAAGUUCUUCGCCACGGGGGGAUCCCCGACACGAGCUUCUUCCCCUACAUCGCUGAGCGCUGGGGCGCCGCUGUCAGCUCUGUGGAGGAUCUCAUGGAGGAGUCUCUCGACCAUCCGCUGUGGGACGAGCUAUGGGAGUCGAAGAGGGCCAAGCUGGAGAAGAUCCAGGUUCCUGCCCUGGUCAUCGCCAGCUUUUCGGACCAGGGCCUGCACACGCGCGGGACUCUGGAAGGAUACAAGAAGAUCGCCAGCCGCGAGAAGUGGUUGAUCGUGCACCGACGCAGGAAGUGGGAGUUCUACUACCGCCCUGAUAUUGUAGAGAAGCAACGCCAGUUCUACGACAAGUUCCUAAAGGGCCGGGCCGACAACGAGGUAGAGUCUUGGCCUCCCGUCAGGCUCGAGAUCAGUGAUCGCUGGUACGAAGGACAGUGGAGAGACGAGAUGGAGUGGCCGCUGAGAAGGCAAAUACACACGCCUUGGUACCUCGAUGGCAGGUCGUCGGCCAUAUCAGACGCAACUGCCACGGAGGCGUCUUGCGUUGAGUAUCACUCCUUGUCGGGCGGUCCGACGGCGACUCGCGCUGUGUUCGACAGAGAGUUCUCCAGCGAUACAGAGAUCACCGGACACAUUUCUGCUACUCUGUUUAUGGAAACCAGCGAGGGCGAUGACAUGGACGUCUUUGUGGCUAUUUACAAGCUGGACAGCCAAGACCGCCUUGUGGGCCAAGCCUUUUACGCACAGUACUCGGACGGGCCGGUGUCUCUCGGGUGGCUUCGAGCUUCGCGCCGCAAGAUCGAUCCCGCUCAAUCUUCACCUGGUCAGCCUGUCGCGGCGCAUACGCACGAAGAAAAGCUAUCACCGCGGAAGGUGUACCAGCUGGACAUUGAGCUUUGGGCUAGCUCGAUGUGUUAUCGAUCUGGCGAGAAGCUCCGAUUCGUCGUUCAAGGAACCGAUAUUGCCGUAUGUCUUGAUGAGACAAACAAGCCAGACAAAGGGGCGCAAGAUCUUCACUCGCCAUGA